AUGGUCCUUAAGUUUGUUAUCUUCGCUUCCGCUUUGUGCCUUACCUUGGCCUAUCCCCUGGAUCAUCAUUACUACGAAGGUGGCCACGAACAGGCCUACGAAGUAGCACAUGAUUAUGGACAUGGCCAUCAGAUCGAACGUUUGGGUGAGGGCUAUGGCCAAGAAGAACAUCAUGAGGAGCAUCAUGAAGAUGAACAUGUUGAUUAUUAUGCACCCCCCAAAUACGCUUUCAAAUAUGGUGUAAACGAUUAUCACACCGGUGAUGUUAAAUCUCAACAUGAGACUCGUGAAGGUGAUUCCGUAAAGGGUCAAUACUCUUUGGUUGAACCUGAUGGCUCGAUUCGCACCGUGGACUACACGGCCGACAAGCACAAUGGCUUCAAUGCUGUUGUACACAAAACUGCCCCCAUCCAUCAUCAGGAAGAGGCCCACGAACAUCAUUAUUAA